UGGGCAGUGAGGUGAAGGAGGCCAACUUGCCGAAAUCUUCGUCGAGUGAGCGUGCCUACAUCUAUGGUAGAGCAAACUCGAGCAGGAGAAGAGGUAUAUAAAGAAUGCAAAAGAAUCACAUUUUUUGUUGAAAUCCAGAAAACCACAAGGAAAACACUUCAGUCAAAACCACCAAUACACCAACAAAUCUGCCCCAUCUCUUCACCACCAAACCAAAAGAAAAGAUGCGUCUCGAUCUCAGCUUCCUCGUGCUCGCACUCUACAGCACCAGCGCCCUCGCUCUUGCCGUCCCCGUCGCAGAGGCCAACAACAAUGCUGGUCUCUCUCCACUCCUCGAAACCCGACAAAUCGAAGAACGUGGCAUCUUCAAGAAGAUUGGAAAGGCGCUGGGAAGACUGAAGGGAGGCUCCAAGUGGCCAGAACUCAAGGCCAAACUCAAUGCGCCCAACCCCAACCCACAGCCGCAUGUGCCCUUCUCGGGACCAGUCAUCAAUGGAAGAAUCAAGGGUAACAAUGGAAAGUGGGUCAAGUAUGAACCGGGAAUGGAGAACCAGUAGGGACCCUGCUGGGCAUGGGACCGAGAAGAGGGGAUCUGGAGUUAUGGGGGAUCGGGACUUGGGCAGUGUGUUUUAUCUGUACCUAAGAGGUCAUUCGGGGUGUUGUAGCGAGGUCGCACUGCAUCAAUCAGUUUUUGUUUUAUUGUCUACCAAGAUGCGGGGAGCUGCAAGUCAUGUAGAAGAAACUACUCUCGCCCUUCACACUCUGCCACUACUAUUGCAGCUUACUGUACUGCUGCUUUCCGGCCUCCUUGGUGAGACAACUGCGUCCACCACUCAAGAUGGACGGCAUCUCCCGCGAACGAUUUGGUCGGUCGAACUCGCCAGGCUGUUUACCGCACGGCUCAGGGCAGAUGCGUUCGACCAUCGUCCAGCAUAGUGUGUCCUGUGCUUGCGACGGACCCAUGUCGCAUCUCGCACUUUGUCGGCCGUGCAAGCGAGAGAAGCGCCCAAGCAUUGCGCACGCCGGCGCUCUUCGAGCGUGAACGCCUGGCGGACCAUCCUCUUCCAUCGGUGUUCAACACUGGUCGCUGGCGAUGCGACCCUUGCAUCGCACCUGCUACCUCGGAUGAUGUGCUCUCUUCAUUUCUUGAGCAGCAUGUACACAUACUCAAUCUUCAAUGGGCUGAGUUUCUUGUACGGCCCAUCCAAACACAUGAGCAGCCCGCCAAACGAGAUAUACACCUUACUGUGAUUUCCCGAAUCAGCGACCGGGCAGCUUCUUUGCGCAUCCUGUUCUGAAAUACUCACAUCCGAUCCCCAUCUUCCGGAUCUUCCACCUUGUACACUUUUCCGUAACAAACAUAGUCCCACAUAUCUGCCAGACUCGGCGCAUCAUUCUUCGGCCUCCAGCCUUGAGCUUCGUCCUUGGUACCAUCAAGAUUCAGGGUACUUGCGAUGAGCAUGUUGAAGGACUCGCCAUUGCCGAUCGGGUACAGUUCGCUGUUGAUGUCGAGAGUGAUGGACGUGGUGGAAUCGUGUGAAGUGCCGAGGACGCGGUGUACGCGAUCGUAUGUUUGGUCGAUGAGGGUGGUGACUUGAAAGGUCUCUUCGUACAAUUGUGCGUCCGCCAUGGCCCUGAUAUCGUGAUUGUUGUUGUUGUAG